AUGCCAGAGCCUCUCGCGCCUCUCCAGCCGGAGGUCUUGAACGCUAUGAAAGCGCAAGCCGAAGCAGCUACACUCAAAGAAAAUGCCCUUCCAAAGUCUACACCUGCGAAAAAGACAACCCCAGCUUCUAGCAAGAAGCGCAAGGCUGAACUGUCCCUUGAUGAAGAAAUCGCUGCAUACAAGGCAGACCUGAACGAUACCGUCGACUAUGACACUUUUGAGAACGAUAGCCUUCCCAGCUGCAAUGUAAUCCGCACCAAAUUAAACAAGCUCUUUGACUCGGGCGUUAUGAACAAGGCCGAGUUCUGCGGAGCUACCGGUACAAACUCAAACUCCCUUAACAAAUUCCUCAAGCAGAAAGGUCCCUUUGGCGGGUGUAAUAGUUCUGUCUGGCGCAAUGCAUAUGUAUGGUUUCAACAGCGUGAAGUCAUGGGUCUCAAAAUGCCCGGUACCAAGAAACGCCAGCGCGAAGAGAGUAAGAAGGAUACUGCCGACGGAACUCCCUCUAAAGCUGCACCUACAAAAACACUCCCCGAUAUCAGUGAUAUCCACCUAGAAGGCGAAGAAACAGAUGAUGUUCCCAUCUAUGACGACUGCGAUGAGAUCCGCCGCAAGAUAAACGUCCACAUGAAGAUCCCCAGCGUGACGCAGGCGCAGUUCUGCAGGGACAUCUACGCGCAGUUCAAGGCGCCCACGUGCAAAGGAAUACAGUCAAAGCAGCUUUCGGACUUUAGAAAGGCGAAGGGGAGUAAUGCUGGGGCGAAGAGUAGUGUGUUUUACGGGGCGUAUGUGUAUUUUGAGAAGUUGAGGAUUGCGCAGAAGAAGCCGGUUACGAAACAUAGAGUUGAGAUGACGUUUAUGCAUCCUGGGGGUAUUCCGAGGGAUAGGGAUGAUAGGACUACUUGGUUCCUUGGUGCGGCUUAG